AUGGCAUCUCAAACCUGGGCCGAUGGGCUAAUUCAUGCGAUAAACAACAAAGGAAAGCAAUUGUUCGUUUCGGAUUUGGCCGUAGUCAUCAAGGAUAAAUAUCCCAAGGCUCUUCAUCACUUCUUGGUGCUGCCUUGGAAGGACAUCGAUUCCGUCUAUGAUCUUUCUGCAGAAGACAAUGCAUUGCUGCAGGAUAUGUAUGACCUAGGAUUGCAGGCCGUCGGAACGAGUGGAUUGGCAACUGAUCGGUUCGAUUAUGGCUAUCAUAUGAAACCCUCGAUGAGGCGCUUACAUUUACACGUCAUCUCGAAGGAUUACCAUUCGACCUGCCUGUCGCACCGUUACCAUUGGAACGCAUUCAACACAGAGUUCUUAAUCAAGCACGAACAUGUGAUAGAAAAACUACAGGCACAGGGAAGUAUCGACCGCCCUUCGAUGCAGUACAUUAUGCAGCUGCUUGAAACACCAUUGCGCUGUAAUCAGUGCUCGUUUAGACCGAAAAAAUUUGCCGACCUCAAACUACACCUACAACAACACGUGGAAACAGAAUUGGGCAGUACAGCCAGCUGA